UGAUGCUGCGCGUUCACCUGCUGCUGGAGGGUGGGAGAUCCAUCCCGGAGGCUGCUGCUGCUGCGGGGGGCGGCCAGCGGGGUCUUGGCGGCGAGCGACGUCCGCGGCCAACAGCCUCCCCGCGCCCCGCUCUGCUUUGAAAGGCCGCCUGUGAGGGAAAGCGAAAGAGGCGGCCGGAGACCACCGGGCCGCUUUUAGCCAGGCCUUCCCGGCGACAGAGCGAGAGACUCGCCCGCCCCGGCGGCAGCCGCCUCUCCCUCCCGCGGCCCUCAGCAUGUUCAAGAAACUGAAGCAGAAAAUCAGCGACGAACAAACGUCGCCGGCGCCGCGGAGCCCCGGCAGCCACCUCCCGCAGGACUCCUCUGUAUCUUCACCACCAGAUGCAAGGAGCAGAACAUCUUCUCUUGUAGAGCAAAAUGAUGAAGGCACUUUAACACCAAACAGAGAGCUGCUAGCUGGGAUGAUAGCAGAGCCUGCUUUUCUUUCUGAGUAUACUGUCUUUGCUUUGGAUCCCACCAAACGACCUAAACCAAAGAGUCAGAGUGUGCAUGUAUCUAAGCACACAGUUUCCAGUCCUAACAGUAGCGAAAAUGAACAGUCUUCUCCCCAGCCUAGUGAUGCCCAGUCUUUUGCACAAAAGCUUCAGCUUCGGGUUCCUUCGAUGGAGUCAUUGUUUCGAAGUCCAUUAAAAGACUCUUUGUUUCGCACCUCUUCUAAAGAGUCUUUGGUGCGGACUUCUUCAAGAGAUUCAUUGAACAAACUCGAUUUGGAUUCUCCAGGGCCCACAUUUGAUCCACCGUCUGAUGCUGAAAGUGAAGCAGAAGAAUUGCCAGGAAAUCUGGACAGCUUGCCUAAGGAGCAGUUGCUGCAACGUUUGCGUAGGAUGGAACGCAGUUUAGGCAGCUACAGAGGAAAGUACUCAGAGCUGGUCACUGCCUAUCAAGCUGUGCAAAGAGAAAAGAAAAAGUUACAGGGAAUAUUGAGCCAGAGUCAAGAUAAAGCACUUCGCAGAAUUGGAGAGCUGCGAGAGGAACUCCAGAUGGAUCAACAGGCUAAGAAACAUCUCCAGGAAGAGUUUGAUGCAUCAUUAGAAGAAAAAGACCAACUCAUCAGUGUCCUGCAGACUCAGGUGUCAUUGCUGAAACAACGACUGCAGAACGGCCAAAUAAGUAUUGAACUUCCUGAGCCAAAUGUUCAGACGCAACCUCAAGUUCAGAGUCCAACAAAAGAGAGAGAGAGAGAGAAUACCCUGCAGCCGGGGAGUCUUGGUGGUGAUGGGGAUUCUGGUAAAACAUUAGAAAGCCUAACUCAGCGAGUGAAACGGCAAGAGAAUUUGCUCCAUCGAUGUAAAGAAACGAUUCGAAUGCACAAAGAGCGCUCAGCCCAGCUAACCAAUGAGAAGGAAGCACUGCAGGAACAGCUAGAUGAAAGACUUCAGGAGCUCGAGAAAAUAAAGGAUCUCCAUAUGGCUGAGAAGACCAAACUGAUUACUCAGUUGCGUGAUGCCAAGAACUUGAUAGAGCAACUAGAACAAGAUAAAGGCAUGGUAAUAGCAGAAACAAAACGACAAAUGCACGAAACUCUGGAAAUGAAGGAGGAAGAAAUUGCUCAGUUGCGUGCUCACCUCAAGCAGGUUGUUACACAAAGUGAAGAAUUGAAAGAGCAGAGAGAAAAAUCUGAAAAAGCUGCAUUUGAAGAGCUAGAGAAGGCUCUAAGUACAGCCCAAAGAACUGAAGAAGCACGCAAGAAGUUACAAGCAGAAAUGGAUGACAAGAUCAAGGCAAUUGAAAAAGCAAGUGAGGAAGAGCGUGUGAGCCUUCAGCAGGAGUUAACAAGGGUGAAGCAGGAGGUGGUUAAUAUUAUGAAGAAAUCUUCAGAAGAACGAGUUACUGAACUGGAGAAGUUGCAUAAAAAUGAAUUAGCUAAGAAAGAACAGAUACUAAGUAAUAAAUUACGGGCUCAAGAACAGGCAUUUCAGGAACAAAUGAAGGCAGCUCUUGAAAAGUGCCGGAGUGAACAUUUACAGUCCAUACACGAGAAAGAACAACAGGAAUCGUUAGCCUUAGAAGAAUUAGAAUUGCAGAAAAAAGCAAUUCAGCUGGAAUGUGACAAAAAAAUUGAAGAUACGCAACGAGAAGUAGAGACCUUCAAAACUAGAAUUCUUGAGUUGGAAAGUUCCCUUGCAAAAGGUUCCCAAAGUGAUAAAAGUCAGCUGGAGGAAAUGACAGCUCAAAUAGAAUCAGGCAAAAAUAAGCACAACGAGGAAAUCACUGCCAUGGCUGAGAAACACAAGGAGGAGCUAGCGUAUGUGAAGCAGCAACAAGAGCAACUUUGGAUGGGGAAACUUGAUAGAUUAACUCAGCAGCAGCAAUCGGAAAUGGAGAAACUUAAACGGCAAUUUGAAGAAAUGGCUGACAUGUUAAAGGAGAAAGAGACCGUAUUUCAUUCCCAUAUAGAAGAAAUGAAUGAGAAGACAUUAGAAAAACUUGAUGUGAAGCAGACUGAGCUGGAAGCGCUGUCUUCUGAGUUAUCAGAAGCAUUCAAAAUCCGUCAGGCUCUUGAAAUAGAUCUAUCAAUGUUAAAAGAUAAUGCAGAUAAAGCACAGCAAGAGUUUGAGGCCAAGCUGGAGCAACAGAGGAAUCGUCAUCAGAAACAAAUUGAAACUAUCUUUAAAGACCAUGAAGGAGCUGAGGAAACAUUCAGAGAAGAAAUCUCUCAACUCAAGCUACUUUUGGAAGCAAAAGAGAAAUGCCAAUUGGAAUUGGAAAUGCAAGUGAAGGAACUGAAGGAAGCCGUAGAAAAAGCUGGAAUUGAACACGAUAGAUUGUCUGAAGAACUUGAUGCCCUUUGCCAAUCCACCAGUGACAGCGCAAGGGAACAGACAGGCACUUAUGAACAGCAGUUAAUGGAAUUGCAGCGAAAGCUGGCCGAUGUGAAUGCUGAAAAAUCACGUCUUGACGAACAGAUGGUAAAAAACGAAUCUCAAGUGAGCGAAGUCAAGGCUGAUUUAGAUUCUCGAAUAGCUCAGGUAGAUGAUUUGAAAGGUGAACUAGAAGAACAAAAGAGAGAAAAUAUGCAGAAAGUUACUUCUCUGACAGAACAGUAUGAAUCCCAGUUAAGAGAAUUUAGAGAAAAAAUCGAUCAGACAAAGACUCAUUUGACAAAUAAGGAAAAUGAGCUUGAACAAAUCAAGGGACUCUUGAAUCAAAAGAUUAGCAAACUUGAGCAGCACUUACAAACCAAAGAAGAGGAAAUUGGUGCUUUAAAAGGUGACUAUGAAACCAGAUUAAAACAUCAAGAGACACAAGCAGAGAAAGUUAAAGAGAAAGCAAAGGAGAUGCAUGAGAAAUUCAAGAAGAAGCUUUCAGAACAGGAAGCAAAACUGAAAAAGGAGAUUGAAAACAAACAGUUGGAGCUCAGUCAGAAAGAAAAGCAAUUCAAUUCAAAAAUGCUGGAAAUGGCUCAUGCCAGCUCAGCUGGAAUCAAUGAUGCUGUGUCAAAACUGGAGAUGAAUCAGAAGGAACAACUAGAAACUCUGGCUGAAACUCACAGACGAGAGCUGGAAGAAAUUGUCCAAACCUGGGGAAAAAAGCUGAAUCAGCAGGCUGAGGAGCUUCAGGAAAAACAUGAAUUGGAGCUUCAGGAAAAAGAACAGGAAGUUGGAGACCUGAAACAGAAACUGGCUACUUUCAGUGCUGAAAAUGAAAGGAUUGGUGGAGAGAUCAUCCGGUUAAAGGACGAGCAGGCAAAGAAGGAUGAAUCUUUAAAUGAACUGCAAGAAAAGCUACAGCAGAGAUUAGCUGAAGUGGCUGCUUUGACACAAAAAGAAAAUGCUCUCAAAACUCAACUUGAAAACCUCAUGCAUGACCUUAGCCUGUCUUCAAAAGAGAAGGAAACACUUCAGGAACAGCUAAGUGAAAUAAAGACAAUGGGGGAAAAAGAGAAGGCUAAAGUUAGUGAACUGGCAGAUAAGUUGAAAACUUCUGAAGAGCAACUGCAGGCUAUGGAAUCCUCUCAUUUGAAAGAGUGUGAAGAUUAUGAGAAAAAAAUUGAGGCUAUAAAUUUUGAGCUUCAGGGGGGCAAAGCUGCAUUUGAGAACCUUGUAAGGAAUAUCUCUGUACAAUUAGAGGAUUAUCAGCAGAAAGCAGAAGCUUUACUGCAAACAAAAGCCGAUGAACUGAUUGAAACGUUUAGUGAAAAAAUGUCUUCAGUAAUUGCUAAAGUUGCACAUUGUCACCAUCAUGCAGCAAAACUAAAAGAAGCAAUUUUAGUCAAAAUCUGUAAAAUCCCUGAAUUAGAAACUCAGCUGAAGCAAGCAACUGAGAGCUGUGAUAGUUUAAGCAGCUGUUUGCAAGAAUCCAAAGGGCACUUGCAAGAAAAGGAAAGCUUGGUGAAGUCCAUGAUGGUGGAUAUUGAAAGGCUUGUUACAGAGAAAGAGCAGCUGCAGAAAGAAGGAGGGCAUCAGCAGCAAGCAGCGUCAGAGAAGGAAACGUGUAUCACGCAGCUGAAGAAAGAAUUAUCGGAGAAUAUUAACGCUGCUACCUCGAUGAGGGAGGAGAUAAAUGAGAAGAAGUCAGAGAUUGCUGAUCUUAAUAAACUUGUCAGUGAAUUAAACCUCAAACUUGAAAACAGCUUAAGUGAAAAAGAUGCCACUGUGACAUUGUUGAACAAACAACACAAAGAGAAUCGACUGCAGUUACUGAAUGAGGUGCAAGAAUUGUCUUCCAAAGUUGAUACACUAAGUCAAGAAAAAGCAGCUGCGCUCGAGCAGGUAGAGCACUGGAUGAACAAGAUGUCAGAGUGGAAAAAGAAAGCCCAGUCGAGAUUUACUCAGAACCACAGUACGAUUAAGGAGCUGCAUAACAAGCUGGAGUUAAGUAAUAACCAAGCUAGUGAAAAAGAAGAGGAGCUGAACAGACUGAAGGAAGAGUUAGAUAAACAAACCAAGAAUGCCGAACAUCUGAAGGGUUUAAUGGAUCAAAAGCAAAUGAAAAGAGAGAAGCAAGAAUCUGAUUUGGUGGCAGAGCUAAAAAUCCAUACAGCAAGAAUCGCCGAGCUCGAGGAACAUAUUGCUCGAAAAACAGCCGAAAAUGAUUCAUUAAUGGAGGAACUGAAAAGGCACAAGGAGCUGAACGACACCAAGCAGCAAGAUCUGACACAUCACCUUCAACAAGCUCAAAUGGCAAUGGAGGAAAAAGAAAACAGUCUUAAGGAGAUGGAACAGAAAGUAUUGAACCUUGAAAAGAACAUAAAGGCCAUUGAAGUCGACCUUGAGACAAAAUCAAGAGAAUUUGAACAAACAAACAGUGCGCUCACGAAAAGCAAAGCUGAAGAAUUAAAGGCUUUAGAAGAGAGGCUUAUUUCAGAAACAAAUGUGAAAACAGCAGAGCUGAAAAAAAAGGCUGAACAAAGAAUUGGUUCUCUUAGGAAACAGUUGACCUCUCAAAUGGAGGAAAGGGAACACCUGUAUAGACAAGAAAUUGAAAAACAGUUAGUAGAUUUAGAGCAAAAACUAAGGGAGAAAGAAAGCAAAAUUGCAUUUUUAGAAGAAAAAAUUAAAUCAACUGAAGAGUCCUCUGUGUUAGAAAAAGAGAUGAUACAGAAGGUGGAAACCAUAAAUGUUUCCAAAGAGCAAGAGAAAAUGCAUGCACUGGAGAACAUGCAGCAGAUGUAUGAAUUAAAAAUGAAUGUUCUACAAAAUGAUUUAUUGGAAAAGGAGAAACUGCUGCAGACAUAUGAGACGCAAAAGACAAAUAAUACCCCAAAGUUAGAAGCUCAAAAAGAGCGAGAGGAACUCCUUAAAAAGCACCAAGACGACCACACCAAAAUUGAGAAACUUCAGCAAGAACUUGAGGAGCAAAUUAAGAAACAUGCAUUAUUACUUGAACAACAUACAAAGGAUGGCAGUGACUUAGCAAAUGUCCGAGGAGAACUAAAAACCAAAGAACAAAAGCAGCAAGAGAUGGAGAAUGUGAUUGAAGACCUGGAAAAAAAGCUGCAAGAAAAGGAAGAAGAGAGGUGGUCUUUACAACAGAAGAUAAGCAGCAUCAAUGAGGAUUUAGCACGAGAGAGAGACCUACACAAGGCAGAUUUAGGAAAGAUGACUUCAGAAUAUGAUGAAAAACUGCAGAGAUUGCAGCAGCAGCUAGAUGAAAGAAGUGGCCUCAUAAAAGCUUUGGAAGAAAGCGCAGAAGAAAAGGCUCAGUCAAGCCUUGAGCUUCAGAAACUGCUUGAUGAUUUGAAGAGCCAGCAAAAGGAUUUGCAAGCUAAAGUGGAAGAGGCUGAACGGGAGAAAAAGAAGCUCUGCAAAGAUGUGAAUAAGCUGCAGAAGGAUAUGCGGACUUUGCGAAAGGAGCAUCAGCAAGAGCUGGAGAUAAUGAAAAAAGAGUCAUUAGAAGAAACGGAGCAGAAACUAAAGUAUGAACAGGAGGAUGCUGAACUGAAGCACAAUUCCACAUUAAAGCAGUUAAUGAGGGAGUUCAAUACCCAGCUGGCACAAAAAGAAAAGGAACUGGAAACAGCAGUACAAGAAACCAUCAGUAAAGCCCAGGAAGUUGAAGCUGAAUUGAUAGAAAGCCAUCACACAGAGAUAACUCAGUUACAUAAAAAGAUUCUAGAAAAAGAUGACGACUUGCAAAGGACGGUGAAAAAGUAUGAGGAAAUUCUUGAGACUCGAGAAGAAGAAAUGACAGGAAAAGUGAACGAGCUGCAGAAGCAGCUGGAGAAACUACAGGAAGAAUAUAAACAAAGAUUGGCAGAUGAAGAGAACUGGAAUAGUGGAGAAGUAACAAUAGCUGAACUUCAGACCCAGCUAGCCCAGAAGACAACUCUCAUCAGUGAUUCAAAAUUGAAAGAGCAAGAAUUCAGAGAACAGAUUCAUACAUUACAAGACCGAUUGAAAAAUUAUGAGAAGAGCAUGUAUGUCACGACGACAGUUGGAACGCCUUACGGAGAUGGGAAUCUCUGCCAUGCCGAUGUUUCUCUCUUUGGUGAGCCUACAGAGUUUGAAUACUUGAGGAAAGUGCUCUUCGAAUAUAUGAUGGGCCGUGAGACAAAGACAAUGGCAAAGGUUAUAACCACAGUGCUGAAAUUCCCUGCCGACCAGGCACAGAAGAUCUUAGAACGAGAAGACGCACGGACACUGUUCACCUCACCUCGCAGUGGUAUCUUCUGACUAAACCAUCAAUCAGUCCUUUAGAUAGCAUGUGGUCCUGGCUACGACCAUCGCCUUGAAGAACUUGCAACAAAUGAACUUUGUGGUGGACAAUACUACUUUCUAUUAGCACCUUGGAGAAUGGACUAGAGAAGAACUAUGAUUCUGGGCCUCAUAUAGGAAAAAAAAAGAACAGCGAUGACUCUGGGUCCUGAAAUUAAUUAAUCAGUUGCCUUGGGGAAAGAAUGUUAAUCGGUUUUCUGUUCUGUGUUAGACUUUUUAUUAAAGAAAGAAGGAGAAGACACUACUUUUUGAAAUGCUUUGCCUCAUUGCAAUAUCACAGUGCCAAUUUCAUGAAGGGCAAAGUGUCUAAUGACUUAAUGGUUAGAAGGUCCUAUUUAUUUUACUGGGUUGGAGGAGGAGUGUUUGUUUGAAAUAAUCGUGCAAUACACUUUGGGUGAUAGCAGGCCUUGGAUUAUUGUUCCUAUAAAACAACUGUAGACUCUAUUUUUCACCAAUAGAACUAUUAGUUGAAGGCGAUCCCUUUAAACUUUUGCUUCCAGCAAAUCCACAUUGCGGUACCUCAACUGUUUAUUCCUAGCUUUUGUACUUAUAUUAUAUUUACACUGCUGUAAAUUGUAAAUAGUACUCCCUAACUGUAUCAUAAUCUGGUCUCUGACUGUUGGCAGUGCUAAUCUUGCAGAGCUGGGAGAAAAUAAAAUUCUAUUUACU